GCGGUUUGGGAGCGGGGUGAUAACGGGACUCCGCCAGCAGCGCGUUAUUAUUUAUCCCGGGAUAAAAGCGGUGCGGGUUCAAAGGAGAAAGUUGCGACUCUGUAGUGUUUUAGUGGAACAGAUGUGUGAGUGAGUGAGUGAGUGAGCGGUGUGUGUGUGUGUGUGUGUGUGUGUGUGUGUGUAGGGGUGUACUCUCGGACUGAGACCCACUCUGAGGUGUUCCAGCCUGUAGAGUUGCUGUGAGGAGACAAUGGAGUCCCUCCGCCAUCAGCAGCGCCUCCAGCCCGGGGUGGGAUACGGAGCCACACUGAGAGCCGCGCUCAGGCCCGGAGUCACCGGAACCGGAACCGUGGCCAGCUCCGGGCCUCCGCCGCCGCUCCCUCCGCUCCACAGCCUCAGCGCCGGGUUCAUGAGCCACGCCGGACUCGGAGCUCCAGAACCGGCCACAAACCCGGCCGUGCUGCGGGAGGCGGUGGACGCGGUGGUGCGGAGCUUCGCCAAGCACACACAGGGCUACGGCAGGGUGAACGUGGUGGAGGCUCUGCAGGAGUUCUGGCAGAUGAAACAGUCUCGAGGAGCCGAGCUGAAGAACGGCGCGCUGGUGGUGUAUGAGAUGGUUCCCUCCAACAGUCCUCCAUACGUCUGCUACGUCAGUCUCCCUGGGGGCAGCUGCUUUGGAAGCUUCCAGUUUUGUCCCACGAAAGCCGAAGCGAGACGCAGCGCAGCCAAGAUCGCCUUAAUGAACUCCGUUUUUAACGAGCAUCCAUCACGCAGGAUCACAGACGAGUUCAUCGAGAAGAGUGUGUGUGAAGCUCUCGCCUCCUUCAACGGAAACAGAGAAGAAGCUGAUAAUCCCAACACAGGCAUCGGGGCGUUCCGCUUCAUGCUGGAGUCGAACAAAGGCAAAUCCAUGCUGGAAUUCCAGGAGCUGAUGACAGUUUUCCAGCUGCUGCACUGGAACGGAAGUCUGAAAGCCAUGAGAGAGAGACAAUGCUCUCGCCAGGAGGUGCUGGCUCAUUACUCUCACCGUGCUCUGGAUGACGAUAUGAGGACGCAGAUGGCGGCAGAUUGGGUGAACCGCGAACACGGCGUGUCAGGCAGCGUGACGCGGGAGCUGGCGGCCACCGAGCGAGAGCUGGAGGAGGCGCGACUCGCCGGUCGAGAGUUACGCUUUUAUAAAGAAAAGAAAGACAUCUUGAUCAUGGCACUGGGGCAACUGGGCGGCUCGAACAGCACCACACUGCCCCUGACAUGCUGAAGAGACGGGAUGCCAUGGUAACGGAGCACAUAAUGUCCACACACACACAUCAUAAACAAUGCUUAUAUUCCAUUUCCUAUAAAAGUUAAACAGGAGCUCAGAUUGAAUUUGACAAAUAAAACAAAAAACACUUCAGUAUUUCAGACUGAAUUUAAAACAUAAGGCCGAUGUUGUUCAAACAUUAUUAAAGUGUAAAGCUUUUUUUUUUGGGCUACAUGACUUUAUUUCAUUAAUCAUAUCUUAUAGCCAUGACAGACAAAAGUGCAAUCCUUCAUUUCCCAAAUAUCACUUUUACAUUCAUUAUAAUCACAGCAUACUUCUGUAAAAAAAAAAAGAAAGAAAGAAAGAAGAAGGAAAAAGAAAAUCCUGUGAUUAUUUUUUUAAUACAAUAUACUUGUGUUUGUUUCCUAUAAUCAUUACCUGUAUGGAUGUUAUCACGUAUUACUCAUAUUCCUUGUGUAAAUGAUUUAAUGUAGCAUAGCAUCAUUUUACUGCAGUCGUUUCUGUCCUGAAAUACAUUUUGUACAACGUUCCUGAAUUUGAUAUGAAAAAACCAGCCAUUUUGUUUUAUACGACUGUUUUGUUAUAUGACUUUUUGUGACGAUUCA